UACUCGCUCCCAAUUCCACUCACCACGUCGACUCAUUGCCAUUGGAAAAAUCUACUGCUCUAUUGUUAGAGUCAUCUGGAUACAAAAAUAACGAGGCCAAUCAGCAAUUCGCUGAAAAGAUCGCAACAGAACUUGGAUGUCUACCUCUCGCUCUAGCUCAUGCCGGAGCAUAUAUUCUAUCGCGCCAAUGUCUUGAUACUUACCUCGAGACAUACCGAGAGAAUCACUCACAGCUUCUUGAAUGCAAGUUCAAUAUGCUGCAUGACUAUCCACAUUCGGUAGCCACAACGGUCGAAAUGUCGUUCAAGAAGCUUUCGACGCGGGUGCAAGAUCUACUUGGGCUAUUAUCUCACUUAGAUGCUAGAUCUAUUCCCCGAAGUAUCAUUGAAAAGGCAGCUCUUCGACGUUUCCGACAUGUUGCGAAGGUGACCGAGCUACCAUUAAAGAGAGAGACCGUCGAAUAUGCGGACGCUCUUACUAGGAUCAUAACUCCACAAGGAGACUGGUCCUCAUUCGAUUUUGAUGCUAUGAUCAAGGAAUGUGAAAAGUACUCGCUCGUUCGAUCUGCAAUACAAGAUGAAGAAAAGUUCUACUCGAUGCAUAUCCUCGUCCAAUCAUUUGUGCAGGCAAGUUAUGGGGUGGUCCUUGAUCAUCCUUCAUCUCGGCUAGUUGCCCGGCUCUUGGGCUCUGCAAUCACUGUAGGUACUCGAUGGGAAUAUAUCACAUUCAAUAGGUCACUAUCACCUCACCUCCGGCUGAUUGGUUUGGAUGACGUGACCGAAACUGGUGAUCACUAUGGAUUUGGGAUUGUGUUUGUAGAAGUCGGAGAAGGUCAACAGGCGGUGAGCCAUAUGGACCGUUGUGUAGAAAUAUGGACAGGAUCCCUUGAAGCGGACUCUAUGAUCAUAUUACAUGCAAUGGAAACACUAGCGCAAUCAUACAGUACAGUCGGAAAGGAAGAAAAGGCUUUAAAGUUGAGAGAAGAUGUGCUGGAGAAGUGCAAAAGCCAGCUUGGUGACGAUCACCUCGAUACUAUAACAGCAGUCAACAACCUAGCGUUCUCAUACUCGAAGCUGGGAAGGGAGAAGGAUGCCUUGCCAUUGAGCGAGGAUGUGGUGGAGAAGCGCCGAAGGCUGCUAGAUGAUGAUCAUCCCCAUACUCUAGCAGCAGUCAACAACCUAGCAACCUCUUACUCGAAGCUAGGAAGAGAGAAGGACGCCUUGCCAUUGAAAGAGGAUGUGGUGGAGAAGCGCAGAAAGCUGCUUGGUGAUGACCAUCUCGAUACUCUAGUAGCAGUCAGCAACCUAGCGACGUG